GGCUUGGGGGAAAGUUGUGGAAGGGGGUGAUAAGGGCCUGUGUCGGGAAGGAGACUGUUCACUGGGUCACAUGAGCCCCUAUCAGGCUGGCAUUUCCUCUCCAUCCUCUUCCUGCCCCUGACCAGCCCUCUCUGGAGCUGGAAAAAGGACCGAGUCACACCCUGGAAGAAGCUCUGUGCCUUCGGAGGUUUUUCUACCUGCCUGUCCCCAUGACUCUCUUCCUCUUGCUGCUCCUGCUGCCAAGCCCCUCACGCCCCCAAUCCCCUUGUGAGAUUUCCAAAGUGGCCAACAUGUUGGAAGUGAACUGUGAUGAUCUGGGGCUGAAGGCACUGCCUCCAGAUUUGCCAGCAGACACGGCCAUCCUCCACCUGGGCAAGAACUCCUUGAGCACCUUCUCCAUGGCGCCCCUGGUGCCUCUGACUCGCCUUACUCAGCUGCACAUGGAGAACAGCCAGCUGGCCAGCCUGCAGGCUGAUGGGGUGCUGCCACUGCUGGAGAUCCUGGAAAUACCCCACAAUAAGUUGACAAGCCUGCCCUUGCUAGGAGAGGCACUGCCAGCACUCACUACCCUGGAUGUCUCCCACAACAAGCUGGGCUCAUUGUCUCCUGGUGCCCUGAGUGGCCUAAGCCAACUCCAUGAGCUCCGCCUGCGUGGCAAUAAGCUGAAGAUUCUGCCACCCGGGCUCCUGGCACCCACACCCCAGCUCAGGAAGCUCGAUCUGGCUGACAACCAGUUGACAGAGGUUCCCCCUGGGCUCCUGGAUGGGUUGCAGGAGCUUGACACCCUCUUCCUCCAAGGGAACUGGCUGCGCACCAUACCAGAGGGCUUCUUUGGGGAUCUCCUCCUGCCUUUUGCUUUUCUCCAUAACAACCCCUGGUACUGCGACUGUAGCAUCCUUUAUUUCCGUCUCUGGCUGCGAGACAAUGAAAACAAUGUCUACACAUGGAUGGAAGGUGUGGAUGUCAAGGCCAUGACCCCCAAUGUGAGGAGUGUGCGAUGCAUCAAUGAGGCCAAGACACCCAUUAUUGACUACUCAAAAAAGGACUGCCUCUCUCCGACUGGUGGGGAUUACACCGACGACUAUGAUGAUAGCUCUGAAGUCGGGAGUAAUACGGCGCCUACAAGGGCUGUCGUCACCAACACCAAAGCCAAAACAACCCACUGGGGCCUGCUCUACUCAGAAUCUGCUGCUUCUCUACACAGUCAAAUGCCCUACUUGCCUUCAACCCAAGAAUCCACUAAGAAACAGACCACAUUCCCAACCACCAGAGAACCCAUCACAUUCUCCAAAACUCCAAAACCCACUAUUGAACCUACCACAACCCCAACCACCCCAACUCCUACCACCCCAGAACCCACCACAACCCCACCCACCCCAGAACCCACAACCCCGACCACCCCAGAACCUACAACCCCACUCACAACCUUGACCACCCCAGAACCUACAGCCCCACCCACAACCCUGACCACCCCAGAACCUACAGCCCCACCCACAACCCUGACCACCCCAGAACCUACAGCCCCACCCACAACCUCGACCACCCCAGAACCUACAGCCCCACCCACAACCCUGACCACCCCAGAACCUACAGCCCCACCCACAACCUCGACCACCCCAGAACCUACAGCCCCACCCACAACCCUGACCACCCCAGAACCUACAGCCCCACCCACAACCCCGACCACCCCAGAACCUACAGCCCCACCCACAACCUCGACCACCCCAGAACCUACAGCCCGACCCACAACCCCGACCACCCCUGAACCCACCACAACCCCAACCACCCCCAAACCCACCACAAUCCAGACCAUCUCAGAACCAACAAUACUUUCAACCACCACAGAAUCCACCUCACUCCCUAUGUUAGAAUCCACAAUCAUCCUUAAAUUUGGUGACCUCGCAAAGGUCCGUGGGGUGUCUCAAGGGAAUGUGGACAGCUCCAGAAACGACCCUUUUCUCAACCCUGACUUUUGCUGUCUCUUCCCCCUGGGCUUCUACAUCUUGGGUCUCCUCUGGCUCCUGUUUGCCUCUGUUGUUCUCAUCCUGCUGCUGACCUGGGUCCGACACAUGAAACCACAGGCCCUGGACUUUGGCCAGUCUGUGGCCCUGGCCACAGCCAAGCACACCACACACGUGGAGCUGCAGAAGGGAAGGCAAGUGGCUGUGCCCCGGGCCUGCCUGCUUUUCCUUCAAGGGACACUCCCAACUUUCCGCUCCAGCAUCUUCCUGUGGGUCCGGCCUAAUGGCCGCGUGGGACCUCUGGUGGCAGGACGGCGGCCCUCAGCCCUGAGUCUGGGUCGCGGUCAGGACCUGCUGGGUACAGUGAGCGUUAGGUACUCAGGCCACAGCCUCUGAGGGUGAGUGAUCUGGGGACUUUAGAGGUUCUGAUGAGCUUUCUUAUUAGGAUAUAGCUGGGGCAGGGUGGGAGUAAAAAGCACAGGGUUGGGGGAAGUCUUAAUCAGUUUUCCUUUCUCAGAAGUCUUCUCUUCACACCACAGAAACACCUCAGGCCCAGCAAACCAGGAGGGGUAGUAAGAUGAGUUGGAUGGGUCAUUGAAAAGUUCCCAAUGCUCAAUCUGAUGCGGAUGAAGGUGUUUCGCAGACUACUAGAUUAUUACCACUUUCGGGAA